GUUUCAUUCAGAGAUCAAUGCUGCUGGCGUCGUCGAAACUGGCUUGUGCUGCAACGCCGCUCCUGCGUGCUCAACGAACAGCUUCUACUCGUUUGGCGCUGCUGACGGCUUCGUCGUGGACGCGUGCUCAAGCAGCGCCUCUGCAGAAUGACCAACGACGCGGCGUGAGCUCAUCCGGAACGCGGCCGUGUCUUGGUCUUGGCUCGCUUCCGAGUGCUCCCUCGACCCGCGCCGGACUGCACCAGCAUGCAACCAGUAGCAGCACGCCGAGUAUGUCCGCCACAGAGCGAGAGGAGUGCUCCGCGCGUCUUAGUGUCCCAACGCGAUCCGUCAGCACGCAGUCGACGCCGGUCACUGUCCAAGCUCCGGUUCAACCUCAAGCUGCAAAGAAGACCGAGAAUGAUGCCUUCAACGUCGACCACUUGUUGCAUCUCAAGGAAGCUGAUCAGGCAUGGCUCCAGAAGCUCUACGACGGCAUUCUGCAGCAAGAUCGCAGCGCGUUGGCUCGCGGAAUUACACUUGUCGAAUCUUGGCGCCGUGACCACCGCCGAGUUGCUCAGAAUCUGCUCGAUCGCAUUUUGGAUGUGCUUCACGACCGCUGGAGUCACGUCCAAUCCCUGGGAUCUCGAGCAGUGUCGACAGUUACCCUCAAAAACAACCAGACCACGACUACCCUUCCCACCCCCUUCCGGAUUGGCCUCUCGGGUCCCCCUGGUGCUGGAAAGUCGACGUUCAUCGAAACCUUUGGCAUGUUUCUUGUCAACCAGGGUCUUCGAGUCGCCGUUCUGGCUGUCGACCCUUCGUCCUCAGUGUCGGGUGGUUCGAUUCUCGGAGACAAAACUCGCAUGACAGAGCUCUCCCGAAAUGACGCUGCUUACGUUCGCCCAUCACCCUCUCGCGGCUCUCUUGGUGGUGUAACGCGGAACACGAGCGAUGCCAUCGUGCUGUGCGAAGGAUCUGGCUACGAUGUCAUUAUCAUUGAAACUGUUGGCGUGGGCCAAAGCGAAACCGCUGUGGCGGAUAUGGUUGAUUUGUUUACUUUGAUUGUGCCCCCAGGAGGUGGCGACGAGCUUCAGGGUAUCAAGAAAGGCAUCGUCGAGCUGGCGGACUUUGUCAUUGUAAACAAGGCCGACGGAGACUUGCUUCCCGCUGCGCGAAAAGCCAAAUCGGAAUAUACCAGCGCCAUGAAAUUGCUGCGGCCUCGAACCGCAUCCUGGACCCCUGAGAUUGCGAUGCUUUCGUCGCUCGAUUCCACGGGCUUGGCCGAUGCGUGGAAGUUGAUGCUUCAGUUUUAUGACAGUCAGAUGAAAGGGGGCGAGUUUUUCCUCAAGCGCAGCCAACAGCGGAAACGAUUGAUGUGGAAGCACGUUUCCGAUGGUAUUUUGGAACGAUUCCAAGCACACCCUGAAGUUUCGCGUGUCAUCGCAGGCGCAGAGCAGCAAGUCAUGCAGGGCUUAGUUGCGCCUGGAUUGGCUGCUGAUGAGCUUCUCGACCGGUUUCGCUGAACAACUAUAGUUGAGCACUAGGGGGAAACAAAACAGUAUGCGCAAUGGUUUUGUGGUGUUUUGUGGUGUGUUUUUGAAUGUCUGUGUGUAUUUUUUUUUAGUGGACAAGCUGGCAAAAAAUAAGAUUGACCACUGGCACAAUUGCAUUCGACACUUCCGCC